UUAGUGAUAAUGAACGGUGAAGAUCCGAUCUCAUAACACAGCUGAAGGCAACUGCUAGAAGAAGUAAAUCUGCUAUUUUCUCUGCAUCGUCCAUGGCGGUGUAAGCGAAGAUUCUUCUACCGCCGGCAAAGUAACGCGAUCACGGAUUUCUCUCUCCCUUUCAUAAUUCAACUGCAGAUUUACUUCUCCAAGACGAUCAUUUCUGCUAAUCACGCUGUCAUUUUAUCGCAAUCAAACCCUAGGUAUGUUAAUGUAUCGGAAGGGACCCUGCAUUGGUUUUACUCCAAUCUCAGUAUAUAUCUUCACACACCUAGGGACAUCUUGGACCGUAAAGGGUAUGCCGUAACCUGAAGAAGACUAUGGAAAAUAUGCCUGAGAAAAAGUUUCCAGUUGAUGCAAAGCAGUAUAAAUUGUACGAGGAAGUGGGAGAAGGUGUAAGUGCAACUGUUUAUAGGGCUCUCUGUAUUCCUCUCAAUGAGAUUGUUGCGAUAAAGGUCCUUGAUUUGGAAAAGUGCAACAAUGACCUGGAUGGUAUCCGUCGUGAGGUUCAGACAAUGAGCUUAAUAAAUCAGUCAAACCUCUUACGCGCACAUUGCUCAUUUGCCACUGGCUACCACCUAUGGGUUGUGAUGCCAUACAUGGCUGGGGGCUCAUGUCUCCAUAUAAUCAAAUCGGCUUAUCCUGAAGGCUUAGAAGAACCAGUUAUAGCUACGUUGUUGCGUGAGGUUCUCAAAUCCCUUGUUUACCUUCAUGCCCAUGGACACAUUCAUAGAGAUGUAAAGGCUGGGAAUAUAUUGCUUGAUAGCAAUGGUGCAGUUAAAUUAGCAGAUUUUGGAGUGUCUGCAUGCAUGUUUGAUACAGGGGACAGGCAGCGGUCAAGAAAUACAUUUGUUGGAACUCCAUGCUGGAUGGCUCCUGAGGUUAUGCAGCAGUUGCAUGGAUAUGACUUCAAGGCAGAUAUCUGGUCCUUUGGGAUAACUGCGCUUGAGCUUGCCCAUGGACAUGCCCCUUUUUCCAAGUAUCCACCUAUGAAGGUUUUGUUGAUGACUCUACAAAAUGCACCACCAGGCCUCGACUAUGAGAGAGAUAAGAGAUUCUCAAAGUCUUUCAAGGAGCUGGUUGCUGCCUGCUUGGUGAAGGACCCAAAGAGACGUCCCUCCUCAGAGAAACUUUUGAAACAUUCCUUCUUUAAGCAUGCUCGCUCAACUGAUUAUCUUGCACGUACCAUUCUUGAUGGCCUUGCUCCACUUGGUGAACGCUUCAGGAUUUUGCAGGCAAAAGAAGCAAAUUUUCUUGAACAGAAUAAGGCCUUAUAUGAGGACAAGGAACAUCUAUCACAGCAAGAAUAUAUCCGAGGAAUUAGUGCCUGGGAUUUUAACCUUGAAGAUUUGAAGAGUCGAGCAGCCCUUAUUCAGGAUGAUGAUGUCAUUUCAAAUGCCCCAGAUUCAAGUUUGAGAGGGAGUCAAAAGGAUGUGGACGAUAAUUUUAGUCUUCCUGAAGAGGAGCUCGUCCCCAGAAAAGAGAAUCAUUCCAAUGCUACACCCCAAGAAAAUGAUAAAAUUAACAUACUCAAUAACUUUGACAGCUCACUUGCGGCAUUUCCUCUCAAACCUCUUCAAGCGUUGAAAGGUUGCUUUGACAUUUAUGAGGAUGAAGAAGAUGCUACUAAAUCAGGUUCUAAAGAAUCUGUUCAUCCAAAUUCUGAACAGCAGGAUCAACCACAGACAUCGACCAAAGCUGCUCCUGGAAAAGGUGUUGGAGAUGACGGUGAGACUUUGGGACAAAGUAACUCUUUCCAACGAUCUAUGAUAUAUGGACAUAAGAAAUAUUUGAGUAGCCCACUGCUACAAGAUAAUAUUCUUUCUCCAAAAAAAGUUGGUGGUGAGGGGGAGAGGGAGCACUUACAACCAAGGUACCCUCCUGAUAGGAAUCUUAGCGGUCCUUUACUUUACCGUCAAAAGAAGGAUACUGUAGAGGAGACUUCAGAGGGAGCAGUUGUCCAACGAAAGGGGCGUUUCAAGGUCACUGCAGCUGAACUAAGUCCAAAGAUUCCAGCGACAUUAUCCUCUAACACAGUUUCAGGAGGUUCAUCCAGUCUUGUAACCCCUUCAAUAUCUGCUGCAUCCGUUUUUCCAUCCUUGCAAUUCAUUUUGCAGCAGAAUACUACACAAAGGGAUGAAAUACUCAGGUUAAUGAAGUUUGUUGACCAAAUGUCCGGUGCUCCCAUGGAGUCAACUGAGGUUCCUUCAAUUUCAAACAAGGAAAAAGAACUGCAGGUUCAAAUGAUUCAAUUACAACAAAGUGUUGGGAUACUUGUUGAAGAAUUACAGCGACAAAAGGAAAAAAAUGCCCAGAUGGAAAAGAAACUGGAUGCUUUGAAAAGAGAGAAAGAUAUAAGCACAUUUUGAUUGUAUUUACCCUUUGUACGCGUUUGUUGCCUCUCUUUUUUUGGGUCCAUACUUGUAGAUGGAUGCUGUCUAUGGCUAAAAUACAAAGAUUGUAUGUAUCUUCAGUGUAUAUCAUAUAUGACUGUAAUACAUAGAUCAUUCUCCUAUCUUGAGAUGUCAUUUCUAAUCAUUUCCUCUAUCUCAUUGUAAUUAAGAAAUUAGUCUGUUUGAUCUACAACCAAAUUGUCUCUAAAUUUGUUAUUACUGCAAAAUUAUUUACCUUGUAAUUGACAGUUACUGUAAAAUAUAAAUGGGAUUUUGUGCA